AUGUCUCCAACCCCGCUGACAUCAUACCCGCCCCUUGAAGGCAAACAAGCCAGGACCAACAACUACGUCGACUCAGCACCUAAGAGACAUGAGCCUUCGCCGCCAAGAGCCCAAGAACCAGCUCCCAUCAUGAACAACCCAACUGAGCCUGCCAGUGGUGCCGGCGGUAAUGCCCAUCACGCGCAGCCGCUUCCAGACGCAUAUUCAAUGCAGCCAGGCGCCAUGCAAAACCGGGUAGCUCAGGCUGACAACGUUGCCGCACACCAUGCCGAGGGUCAUCAGAAGGUGUCAAAAUCCAGGCAUGACGAUGCCGCGCUUCAGAAGCUCAUCGAAGAGGAGAGGGCGAGUCGGAGCAAGUUCCCCAAAUAUCCCGGCCUUGAGAGGUGGGAACUCCUAGAGAAGAUGGGUGACGGCGCCUUCAGCAACGUAUAUCGUGCCCGUGAUCUCCAGGGCACGGCCGGUGAAUGCGCCAUCAAGGUUGUCCGCAAAUUCGAAAUGAACAAUAUGCAGGGCGACAAGCAUCUUCACCCGGACUUCAAGAAGGUGCCGAAAGCUGCAGAGCGCGCCAAUAUUCUCAAGGAGGUGCAAAUCAUGCGCCAGCUUGACCACCCGAACAUCGUAAAGCUAGUGGACUUUACGGAGUCGAGACAGUACUACUACAUCGUGCUUGAACUCGCUCCUGGAGGAGAGCUGUUCCACCAGAUUGUGCGACUCACAUACUUCAGCGAGGACUUGUCGAGGCACGUCAUCACCCAAGUUGCGACGGCACUGCAAUACUUGCAUGAGGAGAAGGGCGUUGUCCAUCGUGACAUCAAACCUGAGAACAUCUUGUUCGAACCGAUUGCAUUUGUGCCUUCCAAGCACCCCAAGCCCAAGCAGCCAGGCGAUGAAGACAAGGUCGACGAAGGCGAGUUCAUCCCUGGGGUUGGUGCCGGCGGCAUCGGUCGCAUCAAGAUUGCCGACUUUGGUCUCUCUAAGGUGGUGUGGGAGAACUCAACUAUGACUCCUUGCGGUACGGUGGGAUAUACUGCUCCCGAGAUUGUCAAGGAUGAGAGAUACUCCAAAUCCGUGGACAUGUGGGCUCUCGGCUGUGUCUUGUACACGCUACUCUGUGGUUUCCCGCCGUUCUACGACGAAAGCAUCGAAGUCCUUACCGAAAAGGUUGCCAAGGGCCAGUUCACAUUCCUCUCGCCAUGGUGGGACGAUAUUUCCAAAUCCGCACAGGAUCUGAUUGCGCAUCUCCUGGCGGUCGACCCAGAUAAGCGAUACACAAUCAACGAGUUCCUGGCUCACCCAUGGGUCCAGGGCUCGGGUCCGACACCAAAGGAUGAGCGCAAGCUGCAGAAUCCUGAUGUACUGCGGGUCCUUGACGAGAGGCGGUUCGGUGAAGGUGACAGGCGCUCGGAUUUCAGAUCUCCUGGUGCUGUUAACCUGCGAGAGAUCUUUGACGUCGGCUACUCCGUGCACAGGCAAGAAGAGGAGGCCAAGCGGCGGAAACAGGUGGGCACAAAGCCUGCCGUGUCCUCUCGCCUUGCUGGCCUGGAUGAGGAGGAUAGCGAAGAGGGUGAGAACCAGAACGGCAACCCCGCGCACAAGGCCGAUGCUCAGCAGCUGGAGCAGAGCAUGCGCAAGACCAAUCUGGGCAAGGACCAGGAGCGUGGUCGUGAGAGGGAGCGCCAGGGCGAGCGGGGCUACGGCCAACACAGCGCUGCUGUUGCCACUGCGGCACGGCAGCAAGUGCGUGAAAGAAACAAGCAGCGUGGUGCAUUCGAGCUCAGCUUGGAUGGCGCUACUCUCCUUGGACGGCGUGCAAACAAGCCGACCGCUGUCGCGGGCGGUCACUGA